AUGACUAUUGCUGUUAACUUCAUUGAUUCUUCCCUCAAUUUACUCUUAUUCUUAAUAUUAUCAUUAUCUGCAGUUGGGGACUGUAAAACAAGUAUUAAUGCUUUGAAACCAUGUUUCGAACGAUACAUUGGUCAACGGCUAUCUGAUUUAUCACCAUAUCAUAUCGAAUGGCGAAUGAAAACACCAGAAGAAUGUUUACUAUUUUGUGCACUUUCUUCGUCUCGUUGUCGAUCAGUAGUUCAUGAUAUCUUCCAACAUAUAUGCUACUAUUUCUUAGAUGAUGGACAACAUAAUGCUCAAAUAGCUCGUGGCAUGGUUUACUUCCGAGUAAUUGACAAAAAAUGUAUAGAUCAAAUUCUUAAUGGUCCCAACAUUACAUUUCUCGACUCAGAAUUCGCGAUCUCGAAAAUAUCAUCGUUCACUUCGACCACUACGAGUAAUAUUGAGUUACAACGACCAGCACUAGCUUAUGCAAACUUGUUGAUUCAUAUACCACCGGAUGGUCGAGCUAUAACUCCCAGUCCUUAUUUUGAUUCUUUUGAUAAUCAAAAAAAACCGAAGUAUGAAAAAUUCGACGAGGUUCUUACUGUUGUUGCUACUUCUCCUACGACAAUUUCUGAUAAUUUUCAGAAACCGCAAUAUUAUACUAUGGCAUCUGCCAAUAGUACCACUACUAGUACUUCAACUUCUUUACCAACUUCAUUUUCAAAAAUACUCUCCGAGAGGGAUGAAAUUUAUGAUGAAGAAAUAGUAGAUUCCGAAUUAUCUUCGCCAACUUUUUCUACGUUUUCGUCCAGAUUCGAAAAAGAUUCUAUUAAUUCAACCUCUGAAAGACCUAAAGCAUUGCAACAUGAAACAUUUCCCUCUGACAAUGCUUCAUUUUUUAUCGGAAACAUUGGGAAUCUUCCACUACUUAACGAGAAUUUCUGGAAUGAUCGUCAGAAAGACGGUGUUGAUUUAAACAAACAGUUGAAAGCGGUUCCGAAAGACGUAAGACGAUCACCAAUUAAAACUUCUCUAAUAAGUGCAGAAAAGUUAAAUAAGGGCACAAAUGAAAUGAUAACAUUAUUGAAUGCUGAAAAUUCCAUUGCGAAAAAAUUGGUGCCAACUCCAGCAAUUACAUCAAUAAAAUCCUCAAAACAAAAUAAUAAUAUGGAAAGGCCUCUUUCAUCAGGAAUAUGUGAAAGCAAUGAUCAUGAAGUAUGGUUGAUUGUUGAAAAUGCCAUAUUACAAAUUGAUAAAUUUCAAAAGAAGACAAGUAUUGGAUCAUACAAGUCUUGUAGAGCCAAAUGUAAUCAUAUCACUAGUUCCGGAAGAGAAUGUACUUCAUUUACAUAUGAUGAAGCAAAACGACACUGCGCGAUAUAUACCAAUAAUGGUGAUACCGUCGUAUCAUCUUUAGCUUUUUUACCAUCACCUGAAUCUGACUUCAAAAUUCGAACAGCUAUUAAAUUCUGUUUUCCAGAAGAUUUGAUUGUUUUCGAAAAAUGUUCCGAAUCCAGAGCAUUUCUGGAUUAUAAUAUGAAUAUUGAACCACGAGAAAUUUUCGAUAAUAUUCCAGGAGGUUAUUAUGGAUUACUUGCAUGCAUUGAGCUAUGUUUUUUGGCAUCUCAUUUUCAUUGCAAGUCAGCAGCAUUUAAUAUCACUUUGGAUAAAUGUAUGCUAUACGAUGAAAAUUCAUUAUCAAAUCCACAGUAUUUUCAAAAGCAUCAGCAAGGUGGAAUGAUUUAUUUCGAGAAUGGAUGCAAAUAA